CUCCAAUAGAACCGAGACUGUAUCGCUUCAGGAACGUCUGCUGGAAACUGCUGUCAAAACAGAACAUUGUGUGUAAGAAGCAGUAGCAGCUGUGCUGAUGGAGCAGUGUGCGUGUGUUGAGCGUGAGCUGGAGAAGGUGCUGCACAGGUUUGUCACAUAUGGACACCAGUCAGAGGAACGGCUGGACGAACUCCUCAGGAAUGUCUGUGAACUGCGGAGCCGAUUGGUCGCCUAUGGUGUGCAAGAUGCAGAUUUGUCAGUGCUCCAUCAAACAAUGGCCCAGUGCUGUAAGGAAAUUAAAGAGACAGUGCAGAUGCUCGCCUCCAGGCAUAAGGAUAUCCACGGCAGUGUGUCGAAAGUGGGAAAAGCUAUCGACCGAAACUUUGAUGCGGAGGUGAGUGCAGUUGUUGCUGAUAAUGUCUGGGAGUCUGCAGAGAGGCAGAAAUACCUCAGUGAAACCAUCGUAGAACACCUGUACAGACAAGGCAUGCUGAGUGUUGCGGAAGACCUCUGUCAGGAAUCUGGUGUAGUUAUUGACAUGAGCAUGAAACAGCCAUUUCUGGAGCUCAAUCGUAUUUUAGAGGCUUUAAGAACACAAGAUCUCAGACCAGCACUAGAGUGGGCGGUGACAAACCGUCAGCGGCUCCUGGAUCUGAACAGCACCCUAGAGUUUAAGCUGCACAGACUUUAUUUCAUCAGCCUGCUCAACGGGGGCAUCGGCAAACAGCAGGAAGCUUUACAGUAUGCACGGCAUUUCCAGCCGUUUGCCUCACAGCACCAGAGAGAUAUUCAGAUCUUAAUGGGUAGUUUGGUGUACCUUCGUCACGGGAUCGAGAACUCACCAUACCGCAGUCUGUUGGAGACGGAUCAGUGGGCAGAGAUCUGUAACAUCUUUACACGGGAUGCUUGCGCACUUCUUGGACUCUCUGUUGAAUCCCCACUCAGUGUCAGUUUUGCAUCCGGCUGUAUGGCGCUGCCUGUGCUUAUGAACAUCAAACAGGUUAUUGAACAGAGACAGUGCAGUGGAGUCUGGACACAUAAGGAUGAACUGCCAAUUGAAAUCGACCUGGGGAAGAAGUGCUGGUAUCACUCGGUGUUUGCCUGCCCUAUCCUGAGGCAGCAGACGUCCGAGAGUAAUCCACCCAUGAAGCUCAUCUGUGGGCAUGUCAUAUCCAGAGACGCGCUUAACAAACUCACCAAUGCUGGAAAGCUUAAAUGUCCUUACUGCCCAAUGGAGCAGAAUCCUUCAGAUGCCAAACAGAUCUUCUUCUGAUGUUGUUUUCGGGGCAUAUCUGAAUGAAGUGUUGAAGGCCCCUUGGAGCCGCAGAUAACAUGAUCCUCAUUUAUAGGCAUGAUGGGCCUUCUGUGGCGGCUUCCCCCCUGCACAGACCACCUCCCUCUCCAAAGCUUUUAGUUUACAGGGGCCGGUGGUCACGGCUACAUAGUAAGUGUACCUACCGAGGAAAGAUCUGGUCGGAUCGUUCAUUUGUUAACACAGCCUAGUAUACACAGGCUUUUAUGAGUAUGUACUGUAUGUGUGUGCGCAUUUUGCUCCGCUCCAUUUAUUUUAAUUGCAGAUUAUUUUUAAGUUUCCAAGGCAUAACGCCUCUCCUUUGUUUCUUUGUGACUUUUUAUUAAGCGAAUGGGCGUAAUGCCUCCGUGUGGGUGACUUCUUGCCAGAAUAUUGCCACCGUUUCUUCUUACAAGAUACCAUAUAAAUAAACAACUGGGGACUUUUUGCACGUGUACAUGAUAGAAAUGGCUUUUCAGUAUGUACAUAACAAUGACAGAAUAAAGAUGAGGAUUGGUGGAGGGGUUGUUGUUAAAGACUGGUGCCUGUUUUCAACAGGAUGUUGAUUGUAACCGAAUGACGUCUCUCUCUCUCUUGCCAAUGUAAUAAAGGCUGUUAUUGGACUUGAUUAGUGCAUCAGUGUGAAUAUUCAUUGGAGAUCUAAAGAUAUUGUUGUGUGCAGAUCGUGGUCUCGUUCCUUGCUUCAGUCUAACGUCAAAAGUAACCUCUAUGCUGUGUGUCUUGCUAUGUGGAUUUAAAAUCUAAUGAAUAUACUGCAGUGAUUUUGUGAUGGUACAGUAUACUUUUCCAUUAGAACUGCAUAUGUUGUAAUGUAUUUAAACACACAUGCACACACAAACUACUGUUUUAACACGGAUUUGACUCUCAGCGGCGCCUCACUCGGCUUAGAUCAACAAAAUGGGGGCUUGAUUACUCCUUAAUUAAGGAAACACAUCCUCUGAAGACAGUGGGGCUACACAGGCUCAGGAUACACACGAAAUACUCCCUGGCUUCAACACAAUGCUAGUUGUUCUGCUUUAGGAAUCAAAAUCUGGAAAUGUGCAUGCUGAAGCGGAAUGUGUGCUUUAAAAUCGCCACCUCCCAGAAGCUCCUCUGACAGAUGUAAUCCUAACUGAAGACCCAGAGGCCUAUUAGAAGAGAAGAGAAAACCUUACCUUUGCUCUUUGACAUUCUCUGAGGAUGAGAAUGUACUGGCAAACCUAGUGGAAUAUAUUGUGGAAUAUAAAGUUGUUGUUUUUUUUUUUUCUGAUGAAGGUAAAGGCAGACCUCUUAGAUCUCUUGUUUGAGGUCUUCAAGAGGUGCUGCAGGUUGUAAAAUUGUGUGUUGGAGUACUUAAAGGGAUAGUUCACCACAAAAUGUAAAUUCUCUCAAGAUUUACUCACCCUCAUGCCAUCCCAGGUGUGUAUGACUUUCUUUCUUCUGCAGAACACAAAUGAAGAUUUUUAGAAGAAUAUCUCAGGUCUGUUCGUCCAUACAAUGCAAGUGAAUGGUAAUCAGACAUUUGAAGCUUCACAAAAGCACAUAAAGGCAGCACAUAAUCAAUCCGUAAGACUCCAGUGGUUACAUCCAUGUCUUCUGAAGUGAUAUGAUAGGAGUGGAUGAGAAACUUAUCAAUAUUUAAGUCAAUUUUCAAUAUAAAUACUCCUCCCUGCCCAGUAGGAAAAGUAAAAGUGGAGAUUGAUAUUAAAAAUUGACUUAAAUAUUGAUAUGUCUCCCACACCUAUCAUAUCACUUCAGAAGAUAUGGAUUUUACCACUGGAGUUUUAUAGAUUAAUUGUAUUCUGCAUUUAUGUGCUUUUUGGAGCCUCAAAGUUUUGGUCACCAUUCAAAUGCAUUGUAUGGACCAACAGAGAUGAAAUAUUCUUCUAAAAAUCUUUGUGUUCAGCAGAAGAUAGAAAGUCACACAUCUGGGAUGGCAUGAAGGUGAAUAAAUGUAAAUAAUGAGAGAAUUUACAUUUUUGCAUGGAUUAUUUCUUUAAUGUUUGGCCGCUGACUUGUAAUAAACUUUGUAUUUUAGUUUUUUCUUUAGACAAUCAUUUAUUACCUCCCUAAAAUUUGUGAGCUCGAAGCAAUUCUCGAAGUUACAGAAAGUGCUUCUUUUUUGUUGUUAGUGGCAUUCAGUGAUUGGAUAAUGACUCUGCUUUCCGAUUUACAACUGCAAGGCAACUACUGUAAAUAUUUAUCUUCUGACAGUACAGUAUGUUUAUUAUACUUGCAUCUAAAUAAUAAAAAGAUUUAUACUCGACUUUUCUUUCU